AUGGGUAUCUCUGGUCUCCUCCCGCUGCUCAAGAGCAUCACUGAGACCAAAUCGAUCGACGAGUACAAGGGCCGUACGCUGGCGAUCGACGGAUACUGCUGGCUUCAUCGUGCUAUCUACGCGUGUAGCCAAGAAAUCUGUCUUGGUCAAGAGACGGACAAAUAUGUAACGUACUUUAUGGACCGACUUGCAGCGCUGCGGCAUUACCGCGUGACUCCUUACGUUGUGUUCGACGGAGGCUUUCUCCCAAUGAAAAGAGACACGGAGGAAGCGCGACGCGACUCGCGGCAAAAGCAUCGAGCGCUCGGUAUCGAGCAUCACAAGCACAAACGCUUUCGCGAAGCUCGCAAGUGCUUUAUUCGGGCGGCAGACGUUUCGCCGUACAUGGCCCAUCGAGUCAUUCAGCGCUUGAAAGCACAGAAUGUGCUCUACGUCGUGGCUCCGUACGAGGCCGACGCACAGUUGGCCUAUCUGGUGAAAAAUGGACUUGCAGAUGGCGUCAUUAGCGAGGACUCGGACUGUCUUCCAUUUGGAUGCCAGACUGUUCUAUUUAAGAUGGAUCGCGAUAACGUGGCACAGGAAAUACAAAUGGCAAACCUCAAGAAGAACAAGGGUCUGAGCUUCCACAUGUUUACUGAACAGAUGUUCCUCGAGAUGUGUAUCUUUUCCGGAUGUGACUACUUGCCAAGCAUUCCUGGCUUUGGUAUAAAAAAGGCAUACACGGCAAUGAAACAGCACGGUUCUUUCGCAAAGAUCAUUUGCGCCUUGCGCCUUGAAGGUAAGGUGCGAAUUCCCGUGACCUACGAAGACGACUUUGCGAAGGCAGUCUUGACUUUCCGACACCAACGCGUAUAUUGUCCCGAGAAAAAGGAACUGGUGCCGCUUACACCAAUUCCGCCGCAUAUUUUGACAAGUUACCCGGUAAUGGAUUUCCUCGGGCCAGUGUUACCUAGCAAGCUUGCAACAGAAGUUGCCAACGGAGAUGUGGAUCCUAUCACUAAGAAGCGCUUCGAUACGCAGGCACUGUUUCCAAGCCAGGUGUCGUUCCAGUCGAACUCUGGUGACUCCGUGGUUCGACAGCCCGCAGCAUCUCUUGUCGUACCAGAAGCAGACAUCACACCAUCCGUCCAUGCUUCGAGGUCUGCCGCAGCUGUUACAUUCAGUGCUCCGCCGUUGCGUCCAGCCAACGUAAGAAGGACACUUCCGGUAUCGUUUGCGAGUAAGAAUGAGCGGACAAUUGCCGCGACGUUGACCACAAAGAAAAGUCUGCAACGCUCGCCAAUCGCUGUUGCUGCUGGCACCAUGGCGGCUGGUCCACUCCUGACUAGCCGCUUUUUCGGGAAGGACCCGAACAAGAUGUCAUCACCUAAUGGAUCCGUGACAACGAGUCCGCCUCAUUUGAUGGACCGAUCGUCGUAUGAAAGUCAGGAGACGUGUAGGAUUGACGUGGCAAAGGACAAUUCUUUGGACCCGCAGAGUGACGAAAGCAGGGUACGACUUUGUUCCCGAGCUGGUGAGGUUUCUAAAGAGAACCGAGCGCCGAAUCUUCUCGAAGCAGUGCAAAACGUUCCGUCGAUAGCGAAAGAAACAGCAUUUUCACGAAUGAUGCGCGCUGGCUCGAUGCUUCGGCAGCAUGAGGUGAAGAAACGAAAGAUAGAUGGCCAAGGGCACCGCAGCGGAAAACGACGCGUCACACACCACGCUCCUGCUUCUGGUCGAAUUGACCGGUUCGUGUCUUCAAACUACGACGAGUCAGACGACUCUGACACCAACGUCGACACAACUUCGGAGGUGCCACGCAAACUGUCGACGGCCAUGUUGAACAAUGACCACGGAGGAGAAAAUACUUGCACACAUGCUGCCUCGAACGACAGUUGCGUCGAUGUGGUCUUCACAGCUCCAGUUAGCACACCCGGCCGACGACGUGCUACAAAGAUCGCCACAGGUGGGUCAUUGGCACCCCUUGCAUCCUUUGAUCGGUUCCGCUUCAAGCACUAG